AUGUUGGUGAAAUUAUUUUUCUUUUCAGACCGUGUUGAAUGCGUAAACCAGUGUGUCUCGAGGUACCCUUCGUACUUCCGUGGCUACUACAUGAAAGCCAGUGAUUGCCCAGGAGCCACCCUGAGAAACGCAUCUCAAACAGACGGGGAUGUCAUCUGCUGUAUUUUCGAUACUACCAUAGUUCCCUCCAUCCCACAGAAUGUCAGUGUUUCCCGGGAAGUUUAUUUGGCCAUGGUUGGGGAUACCACAAGGACAAGAGCGCUGUAUCCAUUUUAUAUGAAAGCUUUGAGUACAGCGGACAUCAUUGGUAAUAAACUAGAAAUAGCCGCCUUUACCGCACAGGUAAGUAAAAUCGCUCGACGGGUGUUUUAUUACACGGGAAAAGCACAAGAAAGUGCACAAAAUGUCUCUUAAGGUGACAGUGAGAAAGGAGCAGGGAAUAGCUGAAAGAUGAGGAGUAGGCUUGGAUAAAUUCUGCUCGUAAAAUGGCUUAUUCUGCCUGCCGGUAGUGCUCGUAAAAAUCGCUUAUUCUACUCAAAAUUCUGCUUGGACACGAUUAUUCUGUUCAAAUUCUGCUCGGUAACCUAAAAACAAUUUUGGCCAUGUUUAUUUUCGCAAAUAUAGAAGAGAGCCUGGGUCUAACCCCUAAAAACUAAUUCGAUAUUCAUUGGUAGCAAAAUUGUAAUUCCUCUUACUUUUAAUGUGAAAGUGUUGUAGCUACUAAAUAAUAAAAUUAGGGCCUGUUUAGAUGAAGGUGGGAGACCUCAGAUAGGUGAGGUAGCAUGUGGCGGGUCACCCCACCCAUCAUGUAAACGUAAUCAAAUUAAAAUGAGAGAUUAUCUGGACAGGCGAGUUACCCCACCUAAGCGGGUUACCUGACCUACCUGAGGUCCCCCACCUCCAUUUAAGCAGGCCCUUAGUUUUAAAUUUUUCUUACAACUCUUAUGCAUAUCAUUAGUACCGCUGAUUUUCCCUUAUUCUGCUCAAAUUCUGCUCGAAAAUGCCUUAUUCUGCCGGCAGAAUGCUGGCCUCAAAAAUCGCUUAUUCUGCUCGAAAUUCUGCCGGCAGAACUUAUCCAAGCCUAAUGAGGAGUAGUAAUAAAAUCGAAUUGUAAAAUGGGCAUCUCAAUUUAGUAUUCCAAAUACUUUGUCCUAUCGGAAAGGAGUGCUGAAAUAAAAAAAGGAAAUAAAAAGAAAAAAGAUCCUAAGUGUGGUUCGGUUAUGAUCGCUACCAUAGCUACAAAGCGCUUUAAAAAGCACAGCGAUCUAAACGAUCGUAGGUGUUAUAUAGAAAAUCGGCGAGCUAAAGUCUUGAAGUGACCGUUGCUACGCUGUCCUUAGCACGACCAACAAACUGCGAAUUUUUUCUUUGUUUAGAUUCUAUAUCAAACUUCAGGAUUGAGAUUUUCAGAGGAAAGUUCCUAUGGACAAAAGCCUACCAACGAAGAAGGAACUGACAAACGCAAAUUUAAAAGUCGUGGAUUUCUUCCUUUAAUCGGACAACAUUUUUAUGAACUGGCUUCAUCUGCUGUCAAAGAGGAGAUUGUUGGUCAGUAUAACAACAACAACAACAACAACAACAACAACAACAAUUUUUUUAUUUACGUAAUGCAUGAUUGCAAACUAAGAUAGCUUAGCCCGCAAAUAGCACAAGCUAAUCGAGGCAGUCUAAAAAAGCGAAAAUUAAUAAUUAUAAUAAUAGUAGUAACGAGAAAUUACAAUGAUGAUGAAAUAAAAAAUAAUAAUUUUUAAUAAUUGUUUAAUUAUUUUGAUAAUAUCAAAUAUCGACUAUUAAUUAAGAUUCUAAUUAUAAACGCAGUCAGGUUCUAUUCAGGUACAAAGAAAAAACUGUCGUUGCGGGCGAAAAGGGAGACUUUUGAUUCGCCUUGUAUAGCGAUGGCCUGGAAUCUACAUGUUUUACUCAGGAAAAAUUAAAAUUCAGGUUCGUGAUCUCACUAAAUGGGAGACUUUUUGAUUCGUUGCAGGACAAUCUUAUCUCUAAAAAUGAUACAGACCGUGAUCUCAGAGCCAAAGUCUAAAAAGCGAUUUAAAAAGCGAUUUAAAUUAAGUUUAUCCAGGUUUCAUGACAGUGCACGGUUUUUAUAUUUUACACGUUUCCAAGCAUGUUACGUCGCUUGUCAUCCGAAAGCUUCAAUGAGCUUUAAGCUUAAAAAAAAUUCAAAAGCUCAACUGUUAGGGGGCAAAAUAGGUCUAGAUGAAACUUUGUCCCCAGGGUUCUUCCCUGAGGUUAUGCGAGGGGCUGUGGACAAGGGAAAGGCCCAGAGGACGAGUUUGGACUAAAUGAUCAGUUUCUUCAUUUAUUGAGUUUUUCAGCAUAACCAUUUUGGGGCACAUUUACAAACUCAUGGUCUCUUUGCUAACAUCCCACAAAAUUGAAAACACCCGCAGAUCAGCCGGAGAUGGUGGCUUUGCCAUCCAUUGGAUUCCAGGUGGCUGCAUGGCUCUGGAGAGAAGGGUACGCCUCAGCUCGUAAUAUCAGCCUAACCACAGGGAGUAUGGGAGACUACUGUAAUGGAACUGAGUACAGCUUCGUUGAGUUAUCUUACAAGAUUCAAAACAGUUCCACGGGGAUUGAACAACUUUUCCAGUACUGGAGACACACUACUAAGGUAGCUGUUUUUAGCUUGUUUUUUUUUUACACUCACGCCAAUGGCACAAGUACCUAUGCCAAUAGUUCUGAACGGAACUAUUUUCAACUUUUAUUUAACUUUUAUUUUCUUUUUCGGAAUCCAUUGCCUCAUUUACUCUAAAUUGAUGCUCAGAACACACGUUUGUCUAAAUCUGCAAUCCUGGUCCUUGUGACAUUUCUGCAAUAUUCAUAUUUUUCUUUCAUUUCUUGGUUCCCUCUUAAAACAGGGCAUCCUUUUUGAAAGUGUCUUUCAGUUCUCCCUCCCUCCACCCUAUACAAUUGUUUGUGGGGUGAGGGGAGGGAUUUGGACCUUUGUGAAUUGGAAAACGUCUCAGAGAUGCAAAAGUGAUUUAAGACGUUUUGUCCAUGAUUGUAGCUACCGAGUGAGUGAGCGUUUUCAUAUGAACUUUCCCCUUGGAAAGAAUUUCACUUUCCAAACUCGGUUCAACAGGUUCUUGGUCUUUCAUGUCCAUCCCAAGGACAAGGGCCGUUGUGUUACUCGAAGCAAAGAAAAGGACGUUGUAAACUCAUGAAGAGCUGCAAAGGAGAGUACACUACAGAGGGUUGCCCUGGACCGUCACCUAUCGCCUGUUGCCUAGGUAAUGGUAUAGUUUAGUUUAAUAUAAAAACUUACGGCCAAAAAGUGAAAGAGUGUGAUUGCUGAGUAUGACCAUCUGGCUCAUUCUCUCUUGGUGUGACCUAAAGAAGUAUGCCGAUCCGUAGUCAAGGAGGGUGUUAUCCGCCGAGGUCGAAGACCGAUGGACAUAACACCCUCCGAGGCCUUCACAAUUGAGAUUCUAACAAAACCGAGGAAUCCAAAACAAGAGAUAAUGAGCUACCUCACUCUUGUCCAAAAUUAUUAUUCAAAAUAAUUCGUACUUUCAAAACAUGCUUACCUCGAUCAGUUCCACCGCAAAACAGGUGAAAUUUUUCGCCAGUUUUUCCAGCUCUAACAAAACAGCUCAGCUAACAGAUCCUCUUCCCUAGGGCUUCUUGGCUGCCGUAGCUUUUUCUGGCGAUAGCCUGCACUACACAAACGACAUUUUAACAGGUAUAGAUAGAUAUGUCUUUCUAACAAUUACUUUGUAGAAGUGUAUAUGACAUUUUGGCAGCAAAAUACCGUAUAACUGGGUUAAAAAAAAAAUGCUUAAGAUACCGUGGAACCCUAACUUCUAGUUGGGACUGCAUAAUUUUUCCUGUUAUUGAUAAAAUACAAAUCUAUUUUAUUUUUAUUGGUAAAAGAUAGUGCUAUUUUAUUGCACACUUUACUUAGUUACCCAGCGGAUAGCUGAAAAUUGGGUUUUCUCCCAUCACCACAGAAAAGGUUUGAAGGCGGGAUAAUAGAGAAUAAAAACUCCUAAAUAAUGCUAGGUAGUUGAUAUAGUCGUUUUGUGGUAUAGGUUCAGAGUUACGGGAAGUUGUCUAUCGUCACCGUAGUCUCCACAUAUUAAAAACGAGACCUGAUGGUCAGCUGGUAUUUCUUGGGGCAUUUUCCGUCUGAAAAAUAACUGCAAGUAGCACUUAAUGGCAUCUCAACAUUAACUGCUGCUAAAAGCAAUAGUAUUUCAUUAAAAUAUUAUGUCACGUGACUUAUCACUAGACGUAUAUUCUACGGGGAAUAAAAUAAAAAAACAAAAACAAAAACAAAAACAACAGAACCAAAAAAAAUUGGGCAGGCCACAUCUGGACUUGCUUGUCCGGAAAAGUAUUCUUUUUUCACCUGGUUUCUUUACUCAUUUUCUCAGAUUGUCAGAAUCCGAUCGACUUGGCCUUUGUGUUAGACUCCUCUGGAAGUGUUUCUCAAGCAAAUUUUCAGCUUGGAUUGCAGUUUAUCGUUAGAGUCUGCGAAUACUUCGACAUCGGAUAUCCUCAUGGAACUCGAGUUGCUGUCAUCAGAUACAGCUCCGCUGCAUCGAUAUUGAUCCGUUUUAAUACGUACAUCAACAAGGAAGAUGUCCUCAAUGCAAUAAGGGCAAUACCCAGGCAGGUUGGCUCGACGCGUACUGAUUUAGCCCUUUUAUUAGCUAAUAGGGAACUUUUUAAUAACAGUGAUAACGGAGUGAGGCCGAAAGACUUAGGAGUUCCCAGAGUGCUUGUUCUUCUUACAGACGGAAGGUCCACCUCGGGAAUAAAAAAGGUGAUUGAGCAGUCUAAUUUGCUCAGACAGGAAGGCGUUAAUAUCUUUGCUAUGGGCAUUGGGCGGAACAUCAAUAACGAUGAACUAAACAUUAUUGCCAGUGACCCAGACGUUGAUCAUGUUUUUUAUCCCAAGACGUAUGCUGAAGUAAACUCCAUGGUAGAAAAAAUGCGCGAGGCUUCAUGUUAUGGUGAGUAUUAUUUUAAGGUCUUAUCCUGCACUGCUGUCAUUAUCUAAAUUCUGAUUGGCCCUUGGCACGCUUUUCAUUAACGGAAAAAAGUACAGUGGAAUGCGAAGAAUAUAAUGGAAAAUUAUAAAACGAAUCUGCCUCAAAAGUGGUCGCGGUUGCUUACGAGAAGUGUUCGUUUACGAGAGGUUCUAACUAUUGGGCGUUGAUUUUGAAAAAAAGAUGGUAUUCUGGAUAACAGGUCGCUUAUGGGAGGUGGUCGCUUACAAGAGGUGGUCUCACUUGGAGGUUCGACUGUGUUUAUACAUGUAAGGAGGUUGUCAUUUGAAUGUUAAACAAGACUCCCAUUGCAAUUGUUUGUAGAAAAUAAUAGUUCUGUCUUACAAAACGUUCCCAGAACCCGCAUUACUUGAAGAAGAAAAGGAGGUGAUGUCAGACGUCCAGUCAAACACUGUUAAGUAUUACAAGUACGAUUUACAGAACAAAACAGGGAUAAAAACCUUGUUUAUUGAGAUAAUGGGUGGUGGAGGUCGCGUAUCUGUAUCCAUGAAAGAUACGAAUCCCCGAGGCCAUCGAUUUAACCUUGGAUUUUGUGAAACUAGUAUUGGUGAUAAUUUCACCACAAGUGGAGAUAUCUUUAUGCUGGAGGAGCUUGAAAGCAACGACUUUUGUGAUGUCCAUGAAAAUGGAGGUUGUACUGAACCUCGUUUUGUAUCCGACGACGAGUUCUUGGAGGAGGGAAUCAUUACUUAUGUGAAAAGAUGCUCGAGCAGGUGGUUCUAUGUUUCUAUCGAAGGAAUCAACAGGACAAAUAAAUUUAAUCUGACGCUAUAUAAAGAUUUCAUCCGGACAAAUAAUAUAGAGGUGAGUUGUGUUGUAGAAUUUAAAGAGUAAAAGGUGAACACUUACUCAGAAAUUAUUUCCCGACCCUUCACUGUUGAGCUCUUUUAGUGAGAAAGAUGUUUCAAUUUUUAAGUCUGUAAGCCAAGAAUUUAUUUAGUUGAAUGUGCGCCUAGUUAUUUAUGUAUUUAAAAAUUCCAUUUAUUGGUAUUUCACAAAUUAAACUUCUGGGAGAAUUUGGCAAUCUUUCGGAAAGACAGUGUUUAGCCGAUACAUGUAGUUGUUCGUUACAAAGUUGGUGAAACUCCUUUGGGCUCUGUUCCAGGGCAAGGAGCCCAUAACGCGGAGCGAGCAACUUCCAUGCCCUCGUGUCACCACGUUUUCACAGAUCAGUUUAUUUUUAGAACGGUUUUUGGCCAAAUUUUGUAUAUCUUGUAAAUUCCACAAACCAGUCAGCAAAACCUGAAGAUCUAACACGGAUAUUUUUUGCCUUUUAAUAACGUUUAGUUUUCCUUAUAAUUCGAAUGAGCUCAUAGACAUGGUGGAGAUUCUAUUUUCGCCGGAAAAAUUGCUCUAAAUGUAUCUAAACAUAAACUGGUCCGUAAAAACGCCGUGACAUAGGCUAGUGUGGGCGUUGCUCGCUCCCGGUUAUAGGCUCCUGUCCAGGUUAAGUGUAUAUCUGAUAGCAGCGAAAAGAAACAUCAAAAAACACAUACCGUAAACUGCCACUUGUAAGCCCCGCUAGUUUUAGACCCAUCGACCUCUAAACAAAAAAAUUCAUCCGAUCUCUGAUAAGCCGCCCGCUAGCUUUUCUUUCUUAAACUCGAUUUAUUACGACGCAAGUUAAGUGAAUUAAAAGCCAGUAAGUGCAAAACGUUUUUUUUAGAUUAGCACUGCUAUAGCUCUGUUUCGACUGACCACUUAUUCCAUUUUGGUUAUAAGCCUCCUUGCUUCCUUGGGUAUAAACCCUUCCAUUUAAAAGCCUUAUUACUUCUUCUGUCUCAAGGUAUCUUUCCUCUUUUGGUUAGAAUAUCACCGAAGAGACAGAACUGAAUAAGACAGCCACCUUUCCGAUUCCACAGAACGUUUACGUUGGAGUAGCAGUGGCCACUAUUGGCACAACAGCCACGAUAGCCUCCGUGGUUACCCUCUCGUAAGUAUUAGCAUUAUUAUUGAAUGAGGCUGAGUAUCAUCUGAAGAAUUAUGAAGAUCUCGGGGGGUGUUAUGAAAGUUGAAUUCAAUAAUUGUUUUAUUAUUCAUUCAAAAUAAUUCCUAGCUUAAAAACAAGCUAAAACAAUUGCUAAAACAUGUUUACCUCCGUCGAUGUUAAGUUCAUCUCGAUAUAUUGUACUUGCAUGUUGAUCGGGAAGUUUAGAAGAUAAAGGGCUGUUCAGGUCUGCAGAUAUACCCCACAUAACGGAUGUCGUCCAUCGAGUUGUCUUCUUGCUGUUUUUGCUAUGUUUUUAGACAAUGGUUCGCCGUGUAACGAGUAAAAUGUUCCACCGUUUUGUUCUCACUACCAAAACAACUCACACUCGUUCCCAGGUUUUUUUGGUUAACAGUUCAACUACACGAUUGACGUCAUCAGUUCAAUAUCGCAAAAUCCUUCCAAAUUUUUUCGACAAUAGCUGGUUAUGAUGAAUUAUGCGUGGGAUUUAAGUCAGUUAGAAACGGGGAAAAUUUUUAAUUACUAAUAAUAACAUUUAUUGAUGGUGCAUGUCCUAUAUGGCAGUACAAAGUCAAAAGGAAAUAAGCAAAAAGGGAGGCAACCGAAAACUGUAAAUGUCUUGAUGAUUCCUUAGUCCAAAGGGACUCAUGGAACUAACCAUUGUCAGAACUGGCCAUCGAGACUAAUUCAGCCAGAAAGAGAGUGUCCAGCCAGAUCAGUCAAUGCGUGAAAAUAUGAAGGCAGUGAUGAGUUUUUCGCUAAGACUUCCGACAAAACCCCUUUUUCAUUUUCAGUAUGACCUGUCUACUGGGCAGUUCUGACAUAGCUAGGUACGUAAGCGUCAAGUGCCCUGUCCUUGAAAGGCUCAUAAGCGCUAAUCCAGGAUUAAUACUUAUUGCACGAUUGUAUUUACCUUUAUAUAUAGAUUUGGAUUAAAAGUAUCAUUCUGUGUUAUCAUAACUGCAUCUCAUAGUGAAGUCUGUGCAAUACCGUACAUGCCUCAAUUACAUGUUCCUUGAAAAAUCUCGUUUAAAAAAUUUGGCUUAUCCCCGGCGUUUAUCUGACCAUCUUUCGAGGAACCACGCCCUACGUAUUUAGGGCUCUUAGACCCUUUCGUCAUUACGAUAGUGUUACUCAGUGCUUUCACUCAUUGCUCACUGACAUUAUUAUGCAAGUAAACUAGGUAACAUAGGAUUAAAUUAAUUGGUGGAGUACUUGAUUGGUCAUUUGACUAUCAUUUUUUUUAUUGUAUUUUAAUCACAGGUGCGCAAAGGACUUUCAAUUAAAAGGAUCAACCAAAAUAAAAAAGACGAAGAGGAAGAACAAUAAAAAUGCAGAAAAGAAUAAUAAUGGUACCGUUAACAGCGGUUUCGAAAAGGAUGAUGAGGUUAAUAAGGAUGUGAAACUUGAUAAUUUGCGAAAUCGCAGUUCUACUCUUUCCCCUUUGAUUGAAAAAUACGAGCACAUGUCAUUUGAAGAGCCAUCUAGAAUUGCCACUGAAGAGAGAAAAGGGAGACAAAGGGUUUGUUCUAUUGACGUAGCCGAGAUGGAAAACACGCAAAUAAAGAAAACAAGAUCUUCCUCUUUUUCUGCUGAAAAUCAAGGUAGGAAAUCGUCUAUACAAACAGUGACCAUUGCAAAUACAAAUGAAGCUAAGCGUCGUCCCACUCGUUUAAGCCUAGUUUCUUCUAUGAUUCAAGAUUUACAACGAGAAGAUACAAUUAUUAAAGAGACCACUACAUCUGUCAAUCCAUCUGGUUCCGCGGAAAACGGAAUUCUCGCGUGGAGAUGUCGCAGUUCAAGCGACAGAUUACGAGCACAAGUGUGUCCGUAUCGCUUCGGACACGUCCAGAAACACCUAAAACGCCUCGACCCAACAAAGAAGAGUCGGAUGAAAAGACAGCUUGCUAUUUUAGGUGGAAGCCAUUUUAUUCGCAAACUAAAGCACAGAAGUCAAGAAAGAAAGUCGGAAACAGUACCGACAGAAUUGAUCUUGAGAAAAGCAUAA